AGCUCCCCUCACUGGGUGUGUAAUAUCGCUUCCACAGASAAUUGAAUACGCUUUAUAUUUUACUGGAAUAUCUGGGGGCGUUGCUUUAAUUUAGAAACUUACAAGUCAGCACACAGCUGUUUCACCAAGCAAGAGGAAACACUUCUCCUGCAUGGUCAGAGGCUUGUGCAGAGAUGGUGCUGGAGGAACGGGCGCGGAGCUGCCUCUUGCGCCUCCGUCACAAGCUGGAGCAGGACAUCAAGCCCAYCUAUCUGAUGGACCACAUGAUCAGCGAUGGUGUUCUGACUGGGGAGGAAGAGGAGAAGAUCAAAACACAACCCACCAGGAAGGAUCAAGCUUCAGCCCUUCUCGACCUCUUGCUGAGGAAGGACAAUUGUUCCUACAUUUCUUUCUACAACGCUCUGCGUGCAGAGACCUAUCACGAUUUGGCCGAGCAGCUGCACGCUGAUCUACCCCGUGUGWCGUCUGGUGCUCAGAAUGGCUCUUUUGACCACUUUGCAGCUUAUGUCCAGACCAUCCUGAGUGAAGGCGGGGUACCACAAAGGCCUGUAGUGUUUGUCAGCAGACCAGAGUUGCUAAAUCGGGUUCGGGAAAAACUUUAUCGACUUCAGAAAGACCCUGGCUGGGUUACAAUUCAUGGCAUGGCUGGUUCGGGCAAGUCCGUGCUUGCUUCUGAGGCAGUUAGGCACCACAAACUCAUCGAAGAGUGUUUUCCUGCAGGGGUCCACUGGCUGUCGAUCGGUCAGGUGGACAAACCGGACCUACUGGUGAAGAUCCAGUCCUUGUGUUUACGUCUGGAGCAGAGCCUGGAUGAGAAGCCGGUCCACCUCAACUCUCUGGAUGAAGCCAAGGAGCGUCUGCGCUUCCUCAUGCUGCGCAAAUUUCCCAGAUCUUUACUAAUUCUUGACGACAUCUGGGAUAGCUCUGUGCUGAAAGUCUUUGAUAUUCAAUGUCGGAUUCUUUUGACCACCAGAAACCGAAGCAUCGUUGAUCCUGUUGGUGGCUCCAAACAUGAAGUGCAAGUAGAAAGUGGUCUGGAUGAAGAAAAAGCACUGGAGAUCUUGGCUCUGUACACUGAAAAAAAGCUCCGUGCUCUGCCUGAGGAGGCUCGUAGUAUUGUUAGAGAAUGUAAAGGCUCUCCUCUGGUGGUAUCUUUAGUUGGUGCCCUGCUGAAAGAGAAACCCAACCGUUGGCCUUAUUACCUCCACCAGCUGCGGCAGAAGCAGUUUAAGCGCAUCAGGAAGUCGUCCUCUUAUGACUACGAUGCCCUGGAUCAGGCCAUGGCGGCGAGCAUCGAGGAUCUGCCUGAGGACCAUCAAGCUCUCUACAAAGACUUUACUGUGUUGGAAAAGGACGUGAAGAUUCCCGCUAAGGUGCUGUCUGUUCUGUGGGAUCUGGAGCCAGAGGAAGUAGAGGACAUCCUCCAGGAGUUUGUCAACAAAUCCCUGCUUUUUGUCGACAUUCACAGUAAACCGUAUUUGUACUACCUUCACGACCUCCAGCUGGACUUUUUGGUGGAGCAGAAUCGAGAACAUAUUGAGGACCUUCACACUAAGGCGGUGCAUCAGUACCAGCAUCACUACAAAGACAAUCCUCCCACCUCAGGAGACGAGGAAUGCCUCUAUUGGAUCCGAUUUUUGACCUACCACAUGGCCAAAGCAAACCUCUCUCAGGAGCUCUACUCACUCAUGUUUUCACUGGACUGGGUCAGCAUGAAGGCCCAGAUAAUGGGUCCAGCGCUCCUCAUCAAUGACUACAUGGAGUUUGGAUCCAUUCUUGAUAAAGAGAACAGUGAGGUUCGCAGUCAGUUCCAGGAGUUUUUGUCUUCGAGCGCCCACCACCUGGAGCAGCGUCCUUUCCCUGAUGUCCUUCAGCUGGCUCUGUCGCAGCCGCACACCUCCGAGGUCUACAGACAGGCUCGACAGGAGGCCCAGAGCCGGGCCAAGCRGGGGAAACUCUACUUUGACUUGAUAAACAAGAGCAGUGUGGAAAACCUGUCUCGUUUAGUGAUUCAUCCUCACCAGGGCUCCAUCUAUUCUGCCUGCUUCUCCCACGAUGGAACCAAAGUUGCCUCUUGYGGAGCUGGCAAGACGCUAAAGGUGUUUAAAAGUACCUCAGGUGAGAAACUCCAAGAAAUCCACGCCCAUGAUGACGAGGUGCUCUGCUGUGCCUUCUCCCCCGACGACCGUCUCCUCGCGACCUGCUCAAGUGACAGGAAGGUCAAGGUGUGGAACGCAGAGCAGGGCAAACUGCUGAGGGCCUUUCCAGAGGAGCAUCAGGAGCAGGUGAACCACUGUGAGUUCACCAACACGACGCGGCAACUCCUUCUGGCCACCUGCUCUAAUGAUGAAACGACAAAUGUCAAGUUUUGGAAUCUCAACAAGCCAGCCUCUCAGAACACAUUGUUUGGCCACUUUAAUCCAGUGAAACACUGCUGUUUCUCCCCCGAUGACAGUUAUUUGUCCACUUCCUCCAACGACGGCACUGUUAAGCUGUUUCGGGUCUCGACCGCCAACGAGUGGAAGACAAUCAACGUGAAGAGCGAGUUUACCGACUGCAACAACGAUGAGGUCCUUGUCAAGUGCAGCACCUGGACCGCCGACGGCAAACGCAUCAUUUGUGCUACCAGGCAUGCUGUUCUGGUGUUUGAUGUUGACACAACAGACAUGCUGUUGGAGAUAAAGACCAAUCGUUUAGGCACAGUGCAAUACUGUCACGCCUGUCCUACCAGCAACCUGCUGGCAAUAGCAUUCUCCAACUACACAGUGGAGCUGUGGGACUUUGAAGACAAUAAGAAGAAGGCCGACUGCAGCGGCCACCUGAGUUGGGUUCAGCGUGUUCAGUUUUCGAGCGAUGGCUCCCAGCUGCUCUCCUGCUCCGACGACCARACUGUCAGAUUAUGGGAGACCAAAAAGGUCCACACGUCUUCAGCUAUCUGUCUGAAGAGAGACUCAGACGUCAUUUUUAAUGGUGACAAAAUUAUUGUGUCGGCUGCAGACAACUGCAACAGACUACAGGUGCGUGAUGGCAGAACAGGAUCGGUGCUGUUCCAGACGGAGGAGAUGUCAUCCAGGAUCCGAAGUAACUGUCUGUGUAAGGAGCGCUCURCUGUGGGUCUGGGCCAAGAGAACGGCAAUGUGCAGGUCCUGGAGCUGCCCUCCGGGAAGCUUUUAGCCGCUCUGCUGGGGCACACAAAGACCGUGCUUCACUGCCAGUUCUGCCAGAGCGGCCAAACGCUCAUCACGUCCUCUGAGGACACCACCAUCAGGGUGUGGAAGUGGCAGUCAGGGGAGUGUAAAGUACUUCAGGGUCACAAGGAGCAAGUCAGAUGCUUCUCACUGCUCUCCGACUCAACAAAUGACUCGAGACUACUGUCGUGGUCCUUCGACGGUACCGUGAAGGCGUGGGACGUUGAGAGUGGACAGAAACUGCGAGACGUCGAGGCCCAUCAAGGAGCCAUUCUGUCCUGUCACGUCUCGCCGGACAGAUGUCUUUUUGCCACCACCUCUGCUGACAAGACCGCUAAGGUGUGGAGCUGUGAAUCCUGGCAGUGUGCGUUUAUACUGAGAGGUCACCAGGAGUGUGUCAGAAGCUGCCGGUUUUCCUGGGACGGCCAGCUCCUCGCGACAGGGGAUGACAACGGAGAGAUCCGGCUCUGGCGUGUCAAAGACGGCUCUUUGCUAAAGAUUUGUUCCCAAGAAAGUAAAGACGGCAUGGACUCCCUUCACGGAGGCUGGGUGACAGAUCUCCACUUCUCACCAGACAACUCUCUUCUCGUCUCAACUGGAGGCUACAUCAAGUGGUGGGACGUGAUGAAAGGUGAAACCCUGCAGACGUUCUAUCCUACGGGGAGCGCUCUGAAGAAAAUCCACGUUUCCGACGACUUUUCCACCUUCGUCACCAUCGACAACAUCGGCCUCCUCUACAUCCUCCAGAGGGUGGCGUGAGGACGGCGCGGCUCCGAAAGACGAAACAGAAACAAAUCACUAUCCAGAAAACUAUUACUGUUUCCAAACUAGUGUUACACUGUGUGUCUGAAGGGGCAAGUUAGCAUUCUCAUUCAAACACUGGUCAUAACAUAAAAAGCUUAAAUAAACUUGAAGUUCUCUGGGGUCAUGUGCCUUCAACAACCUGAGUUUAGACCAGGUUUAAAUCAGAACUGAUCCCACAUCUGUACUGAAAACAAUCACUAAAGCCUCCAAUAGAAAAAUGGGAUUGGUGGAUAAAAUGAAAAUACACCUUUAAAAAAAAGAACAGAAAGAUCAGGAUUUACUAGUGAUGGCAUGUUGCAUAACUGAAGAAUAAAACUAAUGCCAAUGCCUGCUUCAAGGCUGUAAACCUUGUUUCUUCACUCGAGGUGACCCCUACACGAAUCAGGAUAGAACAGGUUUUGCAUAUCUGAUCCAUCAUACAUAAUGAAUUACAUUUUAAUUAGUUUUUUAAAAGUGUGAUUCUGGACAUGAAUUUGUCUUUUUAUUACAAACCUUUUGAGCCUUUUGUGUCUCUCUUGCAGCCUUGUUCUUCCAAGGACCAGCUGCAGGGACAGGAGCAUGUUUUUUGUAAACGGAUUAUGCCUUCUCUACCCACCAGCAACACACAGUUUUAGGUGCAAUUUGAUGAGCCUUAAAAAUGGAUGUCAUGAUGUUUAGAUGUUUCCAGCUCAAGCCUGUGAGGCUGUUUGUACUUUUAAGUAUUUGUGUGUUUGAACUUGGAUCAAAGGUUGUUUUCUACCAAAAAAAAGAUGUAUAAUUGAGUAAAGUUGCAUGUGGGGUUUGUUAAUUACUUUMGAAAAAUUGUUGUGCAUCUGCACCACUUUUUAAAACACUCUUUGUCACCUUGUUUCUAAACUUGUUUCCUUGUUCUGAAGAAGGAGUCAUUUGUUUUUUAUUUUUYAUUUUUAAUUCAGGAAGCGGCUUUGAUGAGCUACUUUAAAUGCAGAUCUGUGCUGCUUCUUCAAUGUGUGACGGAACGCCUAAAACUGAUUCAUCCCACCUGCUUAUGUCAUUGAAGAUCAUCCAUGUUCAGCACAAAAACACAAUGAAUCAGUACAUGUUAAAGGUGCAUUUCAACGUUACUGGUGUCAUUUACAUAGAGUGYGCUUCCCGGCUGGUGCUGCAGAUUUGAUUUUGGUAAAUGGUGUAAUAGUGUGUUGAUGUAAUUUCUACAAGAUAUAAGAUGGAGACAUUUGCUGUUUUUAUAUGCAUUAAAUUUGACUGAUACCSUUUAUGAUGAAAAUGGUGCUGUAUUUGCAACCACCUGCUGUCGCAAAAUAAAAGAUGACUCAUAA